GCUGUAGUGAAUCGGACACAUUUGAACGUUGCGCACAAGUAUACUUCCUGGUGCAUCUGACACCAGUGUUGAUUUUUUACCUUUGUGAAUCGUCAAACGCCUACGCAUGUCGCUUAUUCCGCUGCCAUUGCAAUCAGAUUUGCUGAUUGCACUGCACCCUUCAAUGACUCCGGUGUUACCAUGGAGCACCAUAAUCACGAUCUAAUUACAUAUAAGAAUGGUCGGCAGAGAAAGCAAGUUGGUCCUUCCCUCCACCAUUCUCUAAACUUGAAGGACGGUGCCAUGACACCGAUGAGCAUCUCUGAGACAGAAGUAGACGGGGUAACAGACAACCUCAUCGCAGGGUCAGACCCCGAGGAGAAGAUGCAUCCCAAAGUGCGUCGAGGUAUUCGGACCGAGUUGUGGAACGUGCUGCUUCUUCUCUUCCUCUAUGUGCUGCAAGGGAUUCCCCUUGGACUGGCUGGCAGCAUUCCGCUGAUUUUACAGAGUAAGAACGUCAGCUACAAGAACCAAGCUGUCUUUAGCUUUGUUUUUUGGCCAUUUAGUCUCAAGCUUUUAUGGGCACCGCUGGUGGAUGCUCUCUACUUCACCAAGUUUGGUAGAAGAAAAUCGUGGCUGGUACCCACGCAGUACCUACUGGGCCUCUUCAUGCUCUACCUUUCUCUACAAGUUGACUCACUGCUGCAGAGCAAGGGAGGCCCGAAUGUGGUCGCGCUGACAACGGUCUUCUUUAUGCUCGCAUUUCUGGCAGCCACGCAGGACAUUGCUGUCGAUGGCUGGGCGCUAACAAUGCUAUCGCGAGAGAACGUCGGCUAUGCAUCCACGUGUAACUCGGUGGGCCAGACCGCUGGCUACUUUCUGGGUAACGUGCUCUUUUUGGCGCUGGAGUCUGCCGAUUUCUGCAACAAAUACCUCAGAACGGAGCCCAAGGAGAUUGGAAUUGUCACCUUGGCAGACUUCCUGUUUUUCUGGGGAGUGGUGUUCCUGCUUUCCACAACGCUGGUGGCCAUCUUGAAAAGUGAGAACGAGCCUCGCAAAGACAGGGGGAAAGAUCCCGAGGCGACGCAGGGGGUUUUCCAAACCUACAAGUUGCUCUUCACUAUCGUCAAGAUGCCGGCCGUCUUCACCUUCUGUUUGCUGCUGCUCACUGCCAAAAUCGGCUUCUCUGCAGCUGAUGCGGUGACCGGUCUGAAGUUGGUGGAGGCCGGCGUUCCGAAGGCGCAGUUGGCUUUGCUGGCCGUGCCUAUGGUGCCUCUGCAGAUCCUUCUACCGGUGUUGAUCAGUAAAUACACAGCAGGGCCCAGACCGUUGGAUGUCUUCUACAAAGCCUUCCCUUUAAGGUUAAUGGUUGGCCUGGGCUUCGCUCUGCUUGUUGCGUGGACACCGAGUGUGCGGCAAGAAGAAGGCUUCCCCGUUUACUACUACGUUGUUGUACUGCUCAGCUAUGCGGCGCACCAGUUGGCUUUAUACAGCAUGUAUGUCGCCGGUAUGGCCUUCCACGCCAAAGUGAGUGACCCACUCAUAGGGGGAACCUACAUGACAUUGCUGAACACAGUCACUAACCUGGGAGGAAACUGGCCCUCCACCCUUGCACUUUGGUUGGUGGAUCCGCUCACAAGCAAGGAGUGUCGGGGCGCUGUCAACCAAACUUGUGUCUCGCCGGAGGCAGCAGGGCUGUGCGUCAAGGAAGGUGGCGCCUGCGUCACAACGCUAGACGGUUACUAUGUGGAGUCAGUGGUAUGCAUGCUGAUUGGCUUUGCCUGGUGGGUGUGGUUAGGGCCGAAGUUGAAGAGGCUGCAGGAUCACAGUCCAGCUGCGUGGAGAUGCAGAGUUGCAGUUGAUGACUAAACUAGUCCUAUUUUCUUUCUUUUUUCUUUUUCUCCUCAUGCAAAUCAACAUCUGAAUGCUGGACCCUUUAAUUUUGGUAUCUUUUUGCAUCGGGCCUUUUGUUUCUUUGCUGAGGAGUGACCAAAUCAUGACCAAAUCAGCCGGCUCGAACACUAUCAAAUAAGGAUCCACUACCAUAUGCAUCCUAAGGAAAGAAUGUUCACAGUCCCACCCAAAAACUAUGCAACGUACCUGACGGAUCACCUUCUGGUUUUCUUUAUUAACUGAUGGGAAAGAAACAACAAUUUUAAGUGGAUCACAUAGUUUCUUUGUGUGCUUUGGUGGGAAAUUGUUGAAAA